GCGCAGCGCAUAUAUAAGCAUUGUUGCGGGGGGGAAACAGACUGCGGAGCUCGGCAGCUGUUGAUAGAACAGGAAGGAGGAGCAGACAGUGGAAGUUUCCAGACAAUAACUCUCCAUAUACCCACUUUAAACAGCAACUGCGGACUUUGACGGCUUUGUCUAUGUUAAAACUCUGAAAUCUGAGACGCAUCUGUUGAGCACAAAAGAGGACAAACAUGCCAGAAGUCUUUGCACCCAUAGAGGCUGGCAGUAUACCUCCGUCCCCGGUGGACAGCAGUCCCAGAAGGCUGUCCUGGGGCAAACUGGUCCAAAGGCUGGCCGAUUUCAGCACCAGCGACAGCAGCAUUGAACCCAGGUCCAACAAUGGCAGCAGGAGUGACCUUUCAGACUCAGGAUCCGAUGUCUCCACUGAUCUGUGUCCCUCCAACGAUGACCUGUUCUUCGACCCGAUGGAGGAGGCCAUCCUGAAAGAAGUCGUGGACAUUAUUGCGCGGAGCCUACGGGAGGCCAAGGACUCGGACUGCGCCUUGAGAUGCACCAAGCUGCUCAUUCCAGAGAAACUCCUGGAGCACAUCGGACAGGAGCUCCUCCACCUGGCGGCUAGCGAGCCCUGCGGUUUGAGAGGGGCCCUCAUCGACCUCUGCGUGGAGCAAGGGGCCGCCUGCGAGAGCAUAGGACAGCUAUCCGUGGACCCCUACCUCGUCCCCACCUUUCAGCUCACUCUGGUGCUGAGGCUAGAGUCGGGCGGCCUGUGGCCAAAGAUCCAAGGACUCUUCAGCUCCAAGUCUCCUUCCACUCCAGCUCCUAGACAAGCACUAAAACUUAGCACUGGGUUCCGCGUGAUCAAGAAGAAACUGUACUCCUCUGAAGGGCUGCUCAUCGAGGAAUGUUGAACGUCUCGAGUUGACAGUAAAAACUCACGGAAGGGCCUUAGAAUUUCAAAUUUGGGAUGCCUUUUUGAAGUAUAAGGAUGGACUUUGUUCCAGUGUAGCCUUUUGUUCCGACUGUAAAGGAGCUGAAGUUUCUGGUACCUAGAGCAUUCGACUCUUAGCCUAAACCAUUGUGCAUCGUUUUGGUUAAACGGGCAUUUUGCAAGUAUUAAAGUGUGAACCUUAGUUUCUGUUGAAACUUUGUCAAGGCAGCUAGCUGUGUUUUAUUUAAAUCUGUGCAGAUUUCUUUUUUUUUUAUUAUUUGUUUUAUUUUUCUACAUAAACAUAUCCAUGAAUAGAACUUGAGACCAUUAUGUUGGGUAUCUUUGGCACUUCCAGAGUUAAAGCCAACCGCUGCUUGUACAUUUGCAAGCUAUGGCUAAGGUUUUGGACCUCCAUUCAGUUCUUUUUAUUUAAAUGUUUGGACAUCCAUGCUUUCAACUUUAUUUGAUAUUCGGAUUCUCACAACUUUGCACUGUUUUUUGUACUUUCAUGAUCACAAAUAAAUCGUUUUUUUAAAUAACAGUC